AUGGCCUGGACCAAGUACCAGCUCUUCCUGGCCGGCCUCAUGCUGCUCACCGGCUCCAUCAACACCCUCUCGGCCAAAUGGGCUGACAACUUCACCGCGGGGGGCUGCGGCGGUAGUGCAGAGCACAGCUUCCAGCAUCCCUUCCUCCAGGCCGUGGGAAUGUUCCUGGGCGAAUUCUCCUGCCUGGCUGCCUUCUACAUCCUGCUCUGCAGGGACCGGCAGAGAGCAGAGCCCAGCCUGGCCCCCGCGCAACCCUUCAACCCGCUGCUUUUCCUGCCCCCGGCGCUGUGUGACAUGACUGGGACCAGCAUCAUGUAUGUGGCCCUGAACAUGACCAGCGCCUCCAGCUUCCAGAUGCUGCGCGGGGCGGUGAUCAUCUUCACCGGGCUGCUCUCGGUGGCCUUCCUGGGCCGCAAGCUGGUGCCGAGCCAGUGGCUGGGGAUCCUGGUCACCAUGGCCGGGCUGGUGGUGGUCGGGCUGGCGGACAUGCUCGGCACCCGCGACGAGACGCACAAGCUGAGCGAGGUCAUCACAGGUGACCUGCUCAUCAUCAUGGCCCAGGUGAUCGUCGCCAUUCAGAUGGUGCUGGAGGAGAAGUUCAUCUACAAACACGACGUGCACCCGCUGCGGGCCGUCGGCACGGAGGGUUUCUUUGGCUUCGUCAUCCUGUCCCUGCUGCUGAUCCCCAUGUACUACAUCCCGGCGGGCAGCUUUGGCGGCAGCCCGCGGCAGGUGCUGGAGGACACGCUGGAUGCCUUCUGCCAGAUCGGCCGCCAGCCCCUCAUUGCCCUGGCCCUGGCGGGCAACAUCAGCAGCAUCGCCUUCUUCAACUUCGCCGGCAUCAGCGUCACCAAGGAGAUCAGCGCCACCACCCGCAUGGUGCUGGACAGCCUGCGCACCGUGGUCAUCUGGGCCGUCAGCCUGGCCGUGGGCUGGGAGACCUUCCACGGCCUGGAGAUCCUGGGGUUCCUCAUCCUCCUGACCGGCGCCGCCCUCUACAACGGCCUGCACCAGCCCCUGCUCGCCAGGCUGCCCUGGCGCCAGCCCCCAGCGGGUGCCCUGGGCUCUGAGGCCGAGAGGGAGAAUCUGCUGGCAGGGGAGAGGGCGCCCAUCAACGGGGACAGCUGA